GCUUGUAGGCGCUGUGUCUAACCUUCUUAUGCUUUGUUCUGCGCCGCGCCCUCCUUUGUCUACAUCUAAAGCCAACCAAGUCCCUCCUCCUCCGUUCCUUUCAGUCUCUCAUCGCUUUCCUUCUUCCUGAAAAGGAUCUCGCGAUCUCAUCGUCGGAGUCUGCCUCGGCCGAGCCGAUCGAUCCCUUCGAUCCACGUAGCCGUUGCGUGGGUAUUCUCUUUUCCUGGAGAUCCGGUCGUGUUGUUGUACUCGGGGUUGGAGAACGAGUUAAGAUCUGUGUUAAUCGCGGGGUUUUUGGCUUCAGCUUGAGGAACCUUGGGUUGUCGGUGGGCUAGGGCCAACUCUGCUUGCCGUACUCGCUCCCUUUGAUAUUUGAUUGAUCGUUCCGAUUAUGACGCCGUAGAGUGUGGGAUUUGUCGGAAUAGUAUCGAGGUUAGGCGCGUCUGGGAAGGAGUGAGAAUAUGUCGAAGGUGGUUUAUGAGGGAUGGAUGGUCCGUUUCGGGAGGAGGAAGAUCGGGCGCUCGUUCAUCCAUAUGCGGUACUUCGUUCUCGAGACCAGAAUGCUCGCGUACUACAAGAGGAAACCUCAGGAUAUCAUGCUUCCGAUCAAGACACUUCUUAUAGAUGGAAACUGCAGAGUGGAGGAUAGGGGGCUUAAAAUGCACCACGGACAUAUGGUGUAUGUUUUACGUGUUUACAACAAGAAAGAGAAGUAUCAUCGGAUUAUGAUGGCAGCAUUUAACAUUCAGGAGGCUCUGAUCUGGAAGGAGAAAAUUGAGCUUGUUAUUGAUCAGCAAGAUUUCAUAACAGCUAAUGGAAACAAGGUAUAUGCUUCAAUUCCAUAUGGACCUAUGGCGGAUGAUGGAAGAAAUGCUUCCUCCUCUGAUCGGGAAAGUCAGUGUAGUCCUGAAGAAGAAGAAGAGAGCCGUCCUACUUUAUCACGGAGAAUAACCAUAGGAAAUGCUUUUCCUGAUUCUGUACCUGAUUGGACCUGUGAUGUUGAUUCAGGCUUGUUAAGUGAGAACAACACUGAUCAAGUCUUUUCUAGGAAACAUUGGCGUCUUGUAAGAUGCCAAAAUGGGCUUCGCAUCUUUGAGGAGCUUGUAGAAGUAGAUUAUCUUCCAAGGAGUUGUAGUAAAGCAAUGAAAGCUGUUGGCAUCAUGGAAGCAACAUGCGAAUCUAUAUUCCAGCUUGUGAUGAGGAUGGAUGGAAUGCGAUUUGAGUGGGAUUGCAGCUUUCAGUAUGGUAGUUUAGUUGAGGAGGUGGAUGGACAUACUGCAAUACUCUACCAUAGGCUGCAGCUGGACUGGUUUCCAGUGUUUGUGUGGCCUCGUGAUCUAUGUUAUGUGCGUUAUUGGAGACGUAAUGAUGAUGGAAGUUAUGGUGAGAAUGUUCUUGCAGUUGUUUUAUUCCGAUCAAGGGAGCAUGUAAAUUGUAGUCCACAGCCAGGAUUCGUUAGAGCCCAUGUUGAGAGUGGGGGUUUCAAAAUUUCCCCCCUAAAAACUUGCAAUGGAAGACUGCGGACACAAGUACAAUAUCUUAUGCAAAUUGAUCUGAAAGGAUGGGGCGUUGGUUAUUUCCCAUCAUUUCAGCAACAUUGUUUGAUUCAGAUGUUGAACAGUGUUGCUGGGCUCCGUGAAUGGUUCUCCCAAACAGAUGAAAAUUAUGAUGUCUCAAAGAUGCCAUUGAUGGUCAAUAUGACUGCAGAAACAGCUCCUAUUAAGAAGGAUAGGAAAACACAGGAAAAUUCUGUUCAGCCGAAUUCUUCACAGUAUCAAAUGCAUGGUGCUAGCAGACAUCAUGUAAUGUUGGAUGAAGACUCUGAUGAUGAUGAAGAUUAUCAAAUUCCAGAGCCUGAACAAGAGGUUUAUCCAAUCAAACUUGAAAAUGAGUUUAAUAAGGCUGGUUUGGAUGAGGAACCUUCAGCUUCAAUUGAUUUAUCAGAAUUUUCUGGCAACUUACGGCGUGAUGACCUUGACAAAAGCCGUAAUUGUUGGAGAAUAUCUGACGGGAACAAUUUCAGAGUUCGAAGUAAACAAUUCAUAUAUGACAAGACUAAGAUUCCUGCAGGAAAGCAUCUAAUGGAGCUUGUAGCUGUUGAUUGGUUCAAGGAUGUCAAGCGAAUCGACCAUGUUGCUAGGCGAAAAGGCUGUGCAGUCCAAGUUGCCUCCGAGAAGGGACUAUUCUCAUUGGUGAUAAAUGUGCAAGUUCCAGCUUCGACUCAUUAUAGUAUGGUCUUCUACUUUGUGUCAAAACCACUGGUUCCUGGAUCACUGCUGCAGCUUUUUGUUGAUGGUGAUGAUGAGUACCGAAAUAGUAGGUUCAAGCUUAUUCCAGCCGUUCCCAAGGGCUCCUGGAUUGUGCGCCAGAGUGUUGGAAGCACUCCCUGUUUAUUAGGUAAAGCAGUUGACUGUACGUACAUUCGUGGACCAGAUUACCUGGAAAUUGAUGUCGAUAUUGGUUCUUCUACAGUGGCUAAUGGCGUUCUGGGGCUUGUUUUUGGUGUGAUUACAACAUUAGUAGUUGACAUGGCUUUUCUUGUGCAGGCAAACACUUAUGAGGAGCUUCCGGAACGGCUUAUCGGUGCUGUCCGUGUAUCCCAUGUGGAGCUGUCAUCUGCUCUAGUACCAGUUCUCGAAGCGAGUGCUCCCAAUGUAUAAGCUGUUGGCUGACAGUAUUGGAUUCAUUGUUCCCACGCGUAGCGGUGUUUCUUCACCACCUUAUACAAGUGAAUCAUUCUGGUUUUACUUCC